AGAAUGAGUCAUGAAUUCACGGAUCGCCCAUUAGUCCCAACACUAGACGGAUCCGCAGAUGUGUUUCUCCCCGAGAUGCUUUCAUGCAUUCGGGCAUCGUGAUACACGGCGAGACGGAAGUGAGAACACAGGCAUCGUGCAGUAGGUGUUGCCGGCCGUGAAGCCUCGUUUUCUGUACAUGGCGCUUGAGCAGAAAGAAGCAGGAAAUCUCCACGGAGCGCUUCUGCAGCCGACAGAGAGGAGCCGAUGAUCGCUCAGCUGAUGGACCUGCUGGAGACGGAGCUCUGCGCGUUGUCAUCGCUCUGAUGCCUGCUCAGUUCAUCGGAUUUCGUGGACCACUGCAUUAGACAUGGGUUUCCUUCAUCAGCUUCAUCUUCUGCUAUGGAAGAACGUUUCUUUAAAGCGCAGAGGGCCGUGGGUGCUGGCCUUUGAGAUCUUCAUCCCUCUGGUCCUCUUCUUCAUCUUGCUGGGUCUGAGACAGAAAAAGCCAGCUAUCCCUGUAAAAGAAGUGUCUUUCUACAGCGCAGCCCCUUUGACUUCAGCGGGCAUCAUUCCGGUUAUGCAGUCCUUGUGUCCGGAUGGCCAGCGAGACGAGUUCGGCUUCCUGCAGUACAAAAACUCCACUGUGACUCAGUUGUUGGAACGGAUUGGGGAGGUGGUGGAGCAGAAUCACUUGUUCAACUCAGAGGGGCCAUCUCUUGGGGAGGAGCUGGAGUCAAUACAGCAGCACCUAGAGAGUCUCAGCUCAGCCCAGAAUCCAUUUAAGAACAGCUUUAACACCAGCCAAGGCUUCACUUUAGCCGACGUCAUGAGGAAUCCAAAUCACUUCCGGCAGUUCCUCACCCGAAAUCUCUCAGUGUCCAACGACUCGGCCAACCUGCUUCUCUCAUCUCCCAUCAACCUCAAAGAGGAGCAGCUGCUGGGAGGCUGGAGGAAUCUGGAAGGGGGUUUGCUGCAAAAAGCCCUCGGAGACCCGACUAAAGCAGCUGAUCAUCACACUGUUCUUCAGCUGCUCUACCAGGUCUUGGGCAUGGCUGAAGGAGGGGAGGCAAACAAAUUUGGUCCACAGGGACUGCAGAAGAUGGAGGAAAUUUUGCUGACCAGUGAAGAGCUGGAGGCAAUAACAUGUGGGGAGGGCAGGGACAGUGAGCUUAGCACAAUAUUAUCUGUUCCUGAAAAGCAACAGUCACUGUUAAGAACUUAUCAGCUGACUGUGUGUGAAGGAAAGGAGAGGCAGAAGGCGGAGCGGUUUGCAAAGAUCAGUCAGGAACUGAAGGAUCAGAUUGACCCCCAGAAAAUCAUUGAGAAGUUAAAGUUGGAACAGACUAAUGCUUCAACAGUGCCAUUCCAAUCCCACCUUGGUGCCCUGCUGAAGGACCUAGCCGAGGUAGAGAAGCUGUUCAAAGAUGUGGAUCUUCUCUCAGGCCUGGCCAGGUUGCUGCCCAAAGGUGCAUGUGCUGGGCACCAGAUCUCAUUUUCUGCUAACAAUGCCACUUGGAACUCUAACACCACCACCUCAAAUACCAACAUAACUGAGAACUCAGCUGAGGGGAAGGACUCUCAGGCAGACAAUCCUCACUCUCAGUUCUCUGCAUUUGUGCAGUUAUGGGCUGGCCUGCAGCCCAUUCUGUGUGGAAAUAACAGGAUUAUUGAGCCAGAAGCUUUGAAGCAAGGUAACAUGAGCUCGCUCGGUUUUACCAACAAAGAGCAAAGGAAUUUAGGACUUCUCGUCCACCUUAUGACUACAAAUCCCAAGAUCCUUUAUUCUCCAAUUGGCUCAGAGGUGGAUAAGGUCAUUCAGAAGGCCAAUGAGACUUUCGCCUUCGUUGGCAACGUGACUCAUUAUGCUAAAGUGUGGCUCAACAUUUCAGCUGAGCUUAGACCUUUUCUGGAAGAGGGCAAACUGCACAAUGGCCUGGCAUGGCUGCAACAGUUGACUUCUGACCUGCGGAGGCAACCAGAGCUGCUAAAUGCCUCGGACAGUGAACUGUUAGAAAGUCUGAUGCAGGAGAAUUUCACCCUGCCGAACGUCAGCACGCUGCUGGAGCAGCUCGACACCAUCGACAAUGCCGCCUGCGGCUGGAUCCAGUUCAUGUCAAAGGUGAGUGUGGAUGUAUUCAAAGGCUUCCCGGAUGAGGAGAGCAUCGUAAACUACACUCUGAACCAGGCCUACCAUGAUAAUGUCUCCGUAUUUGCCAGUGUUAUUUUCCAGACCAAUAAGGACGGCUCCCUGCCUCCUCAUGUACAGUAUAAAAUCAGGCAGAACUCCAGCUUCACGGAGAAAACUAAUGAGAUCCGACGUGCUUACUGGCGCCCGGGACCCAACACUGGCGGCAAGUUCUACUUCCUCUACGGCUUUGUGUGGAUCCAAGAUAUGAUGGAGAGAGCCAUCAUUAACACGUUUGUUGAACACGAUGUUGUGGAGCCUGGAAAUUACGUGCAGAUGUUCCCCUACCCCUGCUACACCAGAGACGAUUUCCUGUUUGUGAUCGAACAUAUGAUGCCUCUGUGUAUGGUGAUCUCCUGGGUUUAUUCAGUGGCUAUGAUGAUCCAACACAUAGUAGCUGAGAAGGAGCAUCGUCUCAAAGAGGUGAUGAAGAUGAUGGGCUUAAAUAAUGCUGUGCACUGGGUGGCCUGGUUCAUUACUGGUUUUGUGCAACUCUCCAUAUCAGUGACAGCACUGACGGCUAUAUUAAAGUACGGCCGAGUGCUUCUCCACAGCGACCCCUUCAUCAUCUGGCUUUUCCUGACUAUAUACGCCAUUGCUACCAUCAUGUUCUGUUUUUUAGUGUCGGUAAUCUACUCCAAAGCCAAACUGGCUUCAGCUUGUGGUGGGAUUAUCUAUUUCUUGAGUUACGUUCCCUACAUGUAUGUGGCCAUCAGAGAAGAGGUGGCCCAUGAUAAGAUCACAGCCUUCGAAAAGUGUAUUGCGUCUCUGAUGUCCACCACUGCUUUUGGCCUCGGCUCAAAGUACUUUGCCUUGUACGAGGUGGCCGGCGUGGGCAUCCAGUGGCGCACCAUCAACCAGUCACCAGUAGAGGGCGAUGAUUUUAACCUCCUGUUGUCAAUCGUCAUGCUCAUCAUCGACGCCACUGUGUACGGCGUGCUCACUUGGUACAUAGAGGCUGUGCAUCCAGGAAUGUAUGGGCUACCCCGCCCUUGGUACUUCCCUCUGCAGAAGUCCUAUUGGCUUGGCAGUGGACGGAUCGAGACUUGGGAGUGGCCGUGGGGUGGCAGUGCCAGGCUGAGUGUCAUGGAGGAGGAUCAGGCCUGUGCCAUGGAGCACAGACGCUCAGAGGAAACUCGUGGAAUCGAAGAGGAACCCAGCCACCUACCUCUGGUGGUAUGCAUCGACAAGCUCACCAAAGUCUAUAAGACAGGCAGCAAGCUGGCUCUCAACAAGCUGAGCUUAAACCUGCACGAAAAUCAGGUUGUCUCUUUCCUGGGACACAAUGGAGCUGGCAAGACCACCACUAUGUCGAUCCUUACGGGGCUGUUCCCCCCGACUUCGGGCUCAGCUACCAUAUACGGCCACGACAUCCGCACCGAGAUGGAGCGCAUCCGGCAAAACCUGGGCAUGUGCCCACAGCACAACGUCCUCUUUGACAAGCUGACUGUUGAGGAGCACCUGUGGUUUUACUCACGUCUGAAGGGCAUGGCUGAAGAGGACAUCCGAAAAGAGAUGGAUAAAAUGAUUGAAGAUCUGGAAUUGUCUAAUAAACGACACUGCCUGGUGCAGACCCUUUCCGGGGGCAUGAAGAGGAAGCUGUCGGUGGCUAUAGCCUUUGUGGGCGGUUCUCGUGCUGUAAUUCUGGACGAGCCGACAGCUGGAGUGGACCCGUAUGCCCGCCGUGCCAUAUGGGACCUCAUCCUGAAAUACAAACAAGGAAGGACCAUCCUUCUCUCUACACACCACAUGGACGAGGCUGACCUUCUAGGCGAUCGCAUCGCCAUCAUCUCCCACGGGAAGCUCAAGUGCUGUGGCUCACCCCUUUUCCUCAAGAGCACCUACGGAGACGGAUAUAAGCUGACACUCGUGAAGAAGCAAAGCGACUCCAAUCCUGCAGAUCAGUCGAGUAUGCCCCUGUCCUCAUCCCUGUCCCCGUGCUCUCAGACCAAUGUCACUCAGUUUAUCCGACAGUAUGUAGCCUCCUGCCUGCUGAUGUCUGACUCCAACACUGAGCUUUCCUACAUUCUGCCAUCUGAGGCUGUCAGGAAGGGCUGCUUCGAGAGGCUGUUUCAGGCUUUGGAGCAGAGUUUGGACAGUCUGGCUCUCACCAGCUUUGGCGUGAUGGACACCACGCUGGAGGAGGUCUUUCUGAAAGUGUCAGAGGAAGACCUGUCACUUGAGAACAGUGAUGCAGAUAUGAAGAGCUCUCCAGGUGUGGCAUCAGUGGGGAAGUCUUCCUCCCUUUUGUCUGCACAGCAGUGUGAUGGAGCUCCACUUGGUGCCGUGACCCGGCCUGAAGUGGAGAUGAGUAAUAUAGUGAUGAGCUCCAGGCUGAGCUCCAGUCAGGCAUCGCUGCACUCAAAUUCCUCUGUGGGCUCAGUGAGAGGUGAUGAAGGUGGACCGUAUUCUGACUUCUAUGGUGACUACUACCCACUGUUUAAUAACCCCCAGGACCUGGACACAGCUAGUCUCAGAGACGAUGAGGAGCCAAGCUCCCCAGAGUCGCACGUGCUGGAGGGCCAGGGCAGCUUUAAGCUGGAGGGCUGGUGGCUGCGACUUCGCCAAUUCCACGGCCUUAUUGUCAAGAGGUUCCACUGUGCCAAGAGGAACACCAAGGUCCUGUUUUCGCAGAUCCUACUCCCUGCCUUCUUUGUUUGUGUGGCAAUGACUGUUGCUCUCUCCGUGCCUGAGAUAGGUGAUCUGCCUCCCCUCAUUCUGUCACCGUCUCAGUAUCAUAACUACACCCAGCCCAGAGGGAACUUCAUCCCCUUUGCCAAUGAGGACCGAUUGCAGUACAGGAGCAAGCUGUCCCCAGAUGCCAGCCCUCAAAAAAUCAUCAAUAGCCUGCAUUUGCCAUCAGGUGUGGGUGCAACCUGUGUGCUCAAAACCCCCUUUAAUAGUACACUGGACCAGCUGGCGCAAAGCCUCAAUCCUUACGCUAACAAUGCCAAAACACUGGCUGCACGCUACUUCGACCCAAUGUGCCUGGACUCGUUUACCCAGGGGGUGCCUCUGUCUAAUUUCGUCCCACCUCCACCUUCGCCUGCACCCUCUGAUUACCCAGAAUCACACUUUGAUGAUGCUUUGUGGAACUACACAGCAGCUCCUCCCACCACUGCCCAUGAGAUGGUGACGUCUCCUCCUCCACUGCCACUGUCUAUUCGAGAACCGGUGCGCUGCAUCUGCUCCAUGCAGGGAACAGGCUUUUCGUGCCCUAGCGGCGUUGGGGGACGCCCACCCCUGACGAAAGUAGUCACGGGAGAUAUUCUGGUGGACAUCACAGGCCGCAAUGUGUCUGAAUACCUUCUCUACACGUCUGACCGCAUGAGACUGCACAGGUAUGGAGGUAUCACUGUUGGAAACAUCCAGAAAUCAGUUCCAGCAUCCUUUGGAAGAAAGAUGUCGCUUAUGGCACGCAAGAUAGCAGUGCGGCGGUCGGCUCAGGUGCUGUACAACAAUAAAGGCUACCACAGCAUGCCCACAUACCUGAACGUGCUGAACAACGCCAUUCUGCGUGCUAACCUGCCCCUUAGCAAGGGCAACCCUGCCGCUUAUGGUAUCACAUUGACUAAUCACCCCAUGAACAGGACCAGUGCGAGUCUUUCUCUGGAUUACCUACUCCAGGGCACCGAUGUGGUCAUUGCCAUCUUCAUUAUCGUGGCCAUGUCCUUUGUCCCAGCCAGCUUUGUGGUCUUUCUGGUUGCUGAGAAGUCUACCAAGGCUAAACACCUGCAGUUUGUGAGCGGCUGUGACCCGGUUAUCUACUGGCUGGCCAACUACAUUUGGGACAUGCUGAAUUACCUGGUUCCGGCUACAUGCUGCGUUCUGAUUUUGUUUGUGUUUGACCUGCCUGCGUACACUUCCCCUAAAAAUUUCCCAGCAGUGGUUGCACUCUUCCUGCUCUAUGGCUGGUCCAUAACCCCCAUCAUGUAUCCAGCCUCUUUUUGGUUUGAGGUUCCGAGCACAGCGUAUGUUUUCCUGAUCGUUAUAAACCUCUUCAUUGGAAUCACCGCCACAGUGGCCACUUUCCUCCUGCAGCUGUUUGAACAUGACAAGGACCUGAAGUUAGUGAACAGCUAUCUGAAGUCAUGCUUCCUUAUUUUUCCUAACUAUAACCUGGGUCAUGGGCUGAUGGAAAUGGCCUACAAUGAAUACAUUAACGAGUAUUAUGCAAAGAUAGGUCAGUUUGAUAAGGUGAAGUCUCCAUUUGAGUGGGAUAUUGUGACACGUGGACUGGUGGCCAUGACCAUUGAAGGGUUUGUCGGCUUUCUUAUCACCAUCCUGUGCCAGUACAAUUUCCUGCGUAAACCUCAGAGAUUGCCUGUAAACAGUCAGCCAAUCGAAGACGAUGAUGUCGAUGUGGCACGUGAAAGGCGAAGAGUGCUCCGAGGAGACGCUGUAAAUGAUAUGCUAAAGAUCGAAAAUCUGACAAAGGUGUACAAGUCGCGGAAGAUGGGCCGCAUCUUGGCGGUGGACCGCUUGUGUCUGGGCGUCCGUCCUGGAGAGUGUUUCGGGCUGUUGGGGGUGAAUGGCGCAGGAAAAACGACCACUUUCAAAAUGUUGACAGGAGACGAAAGCACAACAGGAGGAGAGGCAUUCAUCGAAGGGAACAGCGUACUGAAGGAUCUUUUGCGUGUACAGCAGUGUAUCGGUUACUGUCCUCAAUUUGAUGCUCUGUUCGAGGACCUGACAGCACGAGAGCACCUGGAGCUAUACACACGCCUCCGAGGAAUACCGUGGAAGGACGAAGAGCGGGUGGUGCAAUGGGCCUUGGAGAAGCUCCAGCUCUCGAAGUAUGCAGACAAACCAGCUGGGACGUACAGCGGAGGAAACAAACGCAAGCUGUCCACAGCCAUCGCUCUCAUCGGAUACCCUUCCCUGAUUUUCCUGGAUGAACCCACUACCGGCAUGGACCCGAAAGCUCGCCGCUUUCUCUGGAACCUUAUUCUCGACAUCAUCAAGACGGGACGAUCGGUGGUGCUGACAUCACACAGUAUGGAGGAGUGUGAGGCGUUGUGCACUCGCCUGGGGAUCAUGGUCAAUGGAAGGUUCAAGUGUCUGGGCAGCAUUCAGCAUCUUAAGAACAGGUUUGGGGACGGUUACAUGAUCACAGUGCGCACCAAGACGACUGCUAGUGUGAAGGAAGUGAUCCGCUUCUUUAACAGGAACUUCCCAGAGGCCAUCUUAAAGGAGAGACACCACACUAAGAUCCAGUACCAGCUGAAGUCGGAGAAUAUCUCUCUGGCUCAGGUGUUCAGUAAGAUGGAGCAGGUGGUGGAAGUGCUGAGUAUCGAGGAUUACUCUGUCAGCCAGACCACCCUGGAUAACGUUUUUGUGAACUUUGCCAAAAAGCAAAGUGACAACCUGGAGCAGCAGGAGAGCUCGCCGAAGAAAAGCAGUCAGUCGCCACUGCAGCGUCUGCUGAGAAUCCUGCUGCCCCGAACGCCCAACACUGAGCUGAACGCACUGGUCAGUGAUGAGCCUGAGGAACUAGAGAGCGAUGACGAUGAAGGACUCAUCAGCUUUGAAGAAGAGAGGGUGAGACCAAGGGGUGCAGUUAUCCUUUAACACAGACACUCUUUGCUGAAACUACAACCACCUUCUAGGAAACGUCUAAAAAAAACCAACUUCAAGUAAAGACUCUAUCUGUCUGACCAUGGGAACACGUUUUCCUAAGAUAUUUUCUCCGUGGGUCCACGUGUCUGGCCUUAAGAAGAGAUGUGCCGUAUUGCUCGUGUGCGCCGUGCCAGCAGUGCCAGCGUACCGGCUUCACUGAACACCACAGGCUUCCUCAUCCGAGCCUCAGACGCCGUGCUGCUGUAGACUGCUUCUGCAUUUCGGUUAUGGUGAAUAUUCCUCUUUUAGGAUGGGAUCACAAACACGGAUACACACGGUCCGAUUGUUUUUAGCACCGAAUUAAAAGGACUAAAAAAAAAAAAUACAAACAAAAAAAGGUUCAUGCUGUUCCAAACUAGCGCUAUACAGCUGUUGAUGUCAUGAAAUAACAUAUCAUCCCUGUUUAAUGACCUACAGAAAUGUGUUCAGGGUUCUAGCUUUGUAUUGUGUUAUUUUUAUGACUAAGUUGUUUCUCAGCGUAAAAACUUUGAUUUCUUUUUUCUUUUUUUUUUUGUAAAAUCUGAUCUAACCUUUUGUUAAUUAUGUUGAACCUGCCUUGAGAGCAUGCUAUAUAGUCAAGAAUGUGGUACGUCCUAUAUUUUAUUGAUUGAAUUGUUUUUUUAAGGCAUAUUUGAGGAGGUAGAAGUCGACGUACAAAUAAACACGCACCUUUUGACGGAAGACGUUUAAUGGAAAGGUGGUUUGAGAUGAUCAGAUCGGUCCGAUCAGCCCUGAACCAUGAAUGAAGCUGUGGAAUGUUUACUGAAUGUAAAUGGCAUGAAAAUAUGUUUUUGCACAGAUCGGUGCCUCUGUAAAGUGUCCUGAAAUUCCUUAUUUUAUCUAAAGAACGAUGCACUUUGUAAAUUUGCAUUCGAAUGUCCAUUGUGUAGCAGGCUAUGACAGUCCAGUUGCGUUAUUCUUCCUUUGUAUAGGUGAUGUGUACUUUAGAAAGACUAAACAAAUUAUUCGUUUUGCGUUCACUGUGAAGCCAAAGGUGAACUUCUGAUUCACUCAUUAAAAGCUGAUAGAUUUCAUUUUUUUUUUUGCAUUUGUAAACAAAUGACCUGGAUGUAUUUAUUUUUCAGCCCCAUAAUUCAUUUUGUGCUCUAUUGUCUGCUUUAGACAUGGAAAAGCAGCACCUGUGUGCUGAGUGGAGAGAAUUAGAGUGGGAAAGAAAUAGAUAUACAUAAAUAUACAUAAGGAUGAGCAUCUUUGUGUCUAAUUUUUCAUAGGAUCUGACCAAAGGGAAAAACAAAUCGCAACAUAUUUUUCGAUGUAUGAACUGAAUGUGAGUAAAUUGCAUCUUUGCUACUGUU